AUGGUGGAGCCGGCCUUCCUCGAAGGGCUUGAGGGCGGGAGCGUUCCCGCCGAGAUGCGCUCGGUGCUGCUGGACGAGCGUGUCGAGUGCUUCCUCUGGCAACCAGAUGGCAGCUCCACCCCGAUCGGCCAGACCUACUACGCCUUCGAGGUGAACUUCGACGGGAAGAUGUUGACGAAUCGCGCCGUCUUCAAUGGAUCCUUCGACUUUCACUGGGACGCGCGCUCUUCGAAAGCAGCCAAGGCGUGGACUUCGCAGCUUGCUGUCGGGCACUGUGAUUCUGCGAGCCCUCUGCCAACUGCGGAAUCGCCUGCACCCACGAAGCGUGUGGUGUUCGCCCAGUUUCGCUGGGAGGCCAUGAAGAUGGAUCCGGAGAAGGAGAUUCGGAUCGGCCUGCACCGUGCCCAGCACCCCGCCAAGAGCCUGGAAGCUGGAAGUUUCCUGAGCCGAGAGAUCUCGGAAGCGCUGCUCCGGGGGAUGAUCUGGACGACCUUCGUCGAUCCUGGGGAUGCGGAGGUCAACUUCCAUCGCAGCUCCCUCUUUGCGAAGUUGCAGCUGCAGCCCGCUAGUGCCGACAUCAACUGCUCCUGUUGCGCAGCGCGGCUUUUCUCCUCGAAGGCACUCCGCGUAGUUGAGUCGCCACGUCCUUCUCUUGACGAGUGCCCGCCAGGCUCACUGCUGAUACGAACAAGGUAUGCAUCUCUUUGUGGUUCCGACAUUCCUUAUUUUCGAGAUAUGACAUCGCGAGCGCCCAGCUGUUACUGGGACCGCGACGGCUUUUGCGGGCAUGAGGUGGUAGGUGAGGUCCUGGAGUCGAGCACCGAAAGGUUUGCCAAAGGGGAUUCCGUUCUCUCCUUGCCGUCCUCCUAUUUUAAGGCCCAUGUUGCAACGCAGCAAGAGUGGUACGACGAGGCGGUGCACAGCGUGCUUCUCACAAACUUUCCUGUCCGAGGAGGUUUCAGUGAGAUCUUCACAAGCCACGAACUUUGCACCUAUAAGAUCAAGGAGUGCAUCCCACGCAUGCUGGCAGCUCAGGCGCUGGGCACCCUCCUCCGGAUGUUCAGGAGGAUGGACUCAUUCUUCGGCAAGAGCGUAGUGAUCCUGGGGCAGGGCCAAAAUGGUCUGAUGGCUACGCGGAUGGUUGCCCAACUUUGCGCAAGGCACAUCCUCGCUGUGGAGCCGUUAGCAUUCAGACGUCGAAAAGCUGAGGAGUUCGGCGCGACCAAAGCCGUUGCGCCAGAGGACGCCGCCGCAGCCGUUGCUGCAGCUACUGGAGGCCGUGGGGCGGAUGUGGUGUUGGAGAUGGUCGGUCACAACCAGGCCACGAUCAACGAUGCUUUGGACCUUGUAGCAAAGCGCGGUACUGUGGUUGCAUUUGGCGUGCCGGAUGAUGCAGUUUACGGGACCUUUCAGUUUGCGAAGUUCUUCCGCAAGAACGUGACAUUGAUGUCGUCUGUGAUACCAGAUCCAGGAGUGGAUUUUCCUCAAGCUGUGGAGCUGAUUGAGCGAGGCAGCUUCAGCACGGAAGGCAUCUUCACCCAUGUCCUCCCACUCGCUGAAAUUCAACAAGCUUUCAAGAUGGCGUCUGAGUACCACGAAGAUGUGGUGAAAGUAGUCAUCGACCUCCAGUGA